AUGAAGAUUUCAAAUUUUAUAGCAUUGUGUAUUUCAUUUGCAGCGGGAAAACGAGAGUAUCGGAUUCGUCAGAGAUCGCUAAAGGAGGUCAAAGUGAAACGAGACGGGCUGAUGUACCAACCAGCUGGAGGCAUGAACAUUCUACAAAGAAGCACAAAAUUUCUCAAACGAAACGGAAAAGUCAAAACUGGCGAAGUCGACAACAUCAAGGUCCUCACUCAAGCUGAUAAAGACGUUCUGGUGGCAUCUGCGAAUUUGCGUCGCGCGGCCGUAAAGCCCCGUCCCGCAAAUAUGAAAUAUGUGACUUGGGAUGAAAGCCUUGCCUCAUCCGCAGCAGAACACGCUCGUCGAUGCCAAUUUGGCCAUUCGACAGCCGACCAGCUUCGCCACUCGAAAUGGGGCUACACGAUUGGAGAAAACAUCGCGGUCUUUAGAGGCCCAAAGACCUUCGAAACGGACCAUUUCGUCUGGGUCACUGAUGGUUUUUACGACGAGCGAAAAUACUACAACUACGAAACGGGCCAUUGCGAAGCGCAAUGCGGCCAUUACGAAGUUCUCGUUCACGCCGAACAGGAAAAAAUGGGCUGCGCGGUCUCAAGUUGCACCUCAGUCGUCGACGCGUUCAUGAAGCUGAGCCGGGUUGAGCUCGGAGAGAACCCCUUUCACGUUGUGGUUUGCCACUACGCACCUGUCGUCAUGACGCCAAGUUUAUACGAGAAAGGUGGUUUCUGCGGAAAAUGCCCAAGAGGUUGGAACGGUGGUUGUAUUGCAGGACUUUGUACUUCAGAAAGUGAACCUGCUCCGGCGCCGCCAGCGCGGCUUAUCGCCGGCAUUCGCACGGACUCCGGAUUGACUGACCAUGAUUUCGACAGAUCCGUCUUUGAAUGGUCCGAAUGGUCAUCCUGCACCCGAACCUGCGGAAUCGGAAUCAAAUGGCGUUUCCGAAUGUGCGAAGGUUGCCAAGGCCCCGAAGGUGAGAUGCAGCAAUGCCGAGUCGCUCUCUGCCCAGCGAGCUCUUCAAGCUCUUCAACAGCGGUUGCUUCGAAGCCGAAGUUUUUGAGCUGGUCGAAUUGGUCGGCUUGUGAUAAAACUUGCGGAUCAGGUAGGAGGAUUAGAAAUAGAAAGUGUAGCAAGCCGUGGGGAUGCUCUGGGGUAAGUGCUGAGGCGGAAUCGUGCUGGGCUGGAAUGUGCAACUCUUGGGGAGCCUGGGGAAGUUGGAAUCAGUGCAACGUCAAAUGUGGCUCUGGAACUCAAACUCGAACUCGAAUUUGCGUUGGUGGCAAUUCUUGCGCUGGUCCUCGAUCUGAAACGAAAAUUUGCGAUCGACCAUGUUCCACUUCGGCUCCAGCUGGUUUCUUGGCAAGAGGGUUGGCGACAUUGAAUGGCAACUGCGCUUUUGAUAUGAAGAGAAGAGAGCUUGAGUGCAAAGCGAGUAAUCUUGAACAUAUUCCUCCUUUUGAGCGCGAUUUUGCUAGCCGACAAGGAAAACAACAACGAAUCAAGCUCAUGAAAAAUCUCAACUUCGAAGGAAACGCCAUAGAAGAUCUCGGACACCUCAAUGGCUAUUGCAAGUUUGCGAAGGGAAAGAUCGACACGAUCAAUCUCGCGAAAAACAAGCUAAAAUCUCUCCGCGCCGCCGAUUUCAGCUCUUGUCGCCAAAUCAGGGAGCUGAAUAUUUCAGAAAAUCCACUUUCUUCACUCGAUAUUGCAGCUUUCAAAAACAUCAGAAAGCUAUCAAAGCUUGUUGUUUCCAAAGAUUUAUCUAGCUGCUGGGGCAUUCAAGAUGUUGCUGAUCUAAUGAUGCUUUCCAAUCGGCUUGGAAUGCAACUUGAAGUUGUAUAA